UAAACAAAUCCUUGUGAAUUGUGAUACAGAACAAAUUUGUGGAAAUUUCCCGGAAAAAGGAAAAAACCCAUAUUUUUCUCUCUUUUCCGAGUCGAUGAUUACUGUUAUCAACUCACGCUGCCAGUGAUGGGUGUUGUUGAAGCCGUGAAAUCUGUGGAGUGGGAACAAGAAUCGUACCCGCAGUAUGAAGAUUUUGUGUUGCUGCCCCUUUUCGCUCUCUUUUUCCCCACAGUCCGGUUUUUUCUCGACAGAUUUGUUUUUGAGAAGGUCGGCAGACAACUAAUAUUUGGAAAGGGAACACAAGUUGUGGGAACUGAGUCUGAGGACCAAAGAAAGAAGAUAAGAAAGUUCAAAGAAUCUGCAUGGAAAUGCGUGUAUUUUCUUUCGGCUGAGAUUUUUGCACUCUCUGUAACCUACAACGAGCCUUGGUUGACAAAGACCAAAUUCUUUUGGAUAGGGCCUGGGGACCAAGCAUGGCCCGACCAAAAAUAUAAAUUUGCACGUGUUGGCUCGAUUGUUUUAGCUCUUCAUGAUGCCACAGACCCAUUUCUUGAAAUUGGUAAGAUUUCGAAAUACAGAGGUGCCGAAGCAUUAGCCAGCUGCUCGUUUGUCCUUUUUGUCCUUCUUUGGGUCUUGCUACGUCUCAUUUACUACCCAUUCUGGAUUCUAUGGAGCACAAGUUACGAAGUUAUCAUGUUUGUGGACAAGGAGAAACACAAAGUUGAUGGACCAAUCUAUUACUACAUUUUCAACACACUCCUUUUCUCGUUGCUCGUCCUCCAUAUUUACUGGUUCAUGUUGAUGUUCCGAAUGUUGGUUGAUCAAAUCAAAGCGGGUGGGAAAGUGAGUGAAGACGUUAGAUCCGAUUCAGAAGAUGAAGACCCACACGAAGAUUGAUAAGGAAAAAAUUAUUAUAGCUUUAUCCAUUUUCAAUAUUUCGAAUUUACUUCUUUGUUCACCACUGACGCAAAAGGAUCUGUUUUUGUUGAGCUGAAGAGCAAUGUCCAUGGCAUCCAACAAACAAUGUCAGUCCACCCCAUACUUGAACAUUUUAUUAAUUAUUUAUUUUGUAUUAAACUAAUUGUCCAAUUGACACCCUUUUAUGGUGGAAAAACUUAUGUCAAAGACUUGCAAAGGUUAAUUUAUGUGCCAAGA